AACGAAAUAUGUAUUUUUAAUAAUUAUUUUAUAAUUAUAGUAUAAAAAUAAUAAAAAUUAAAUAUUCAAAUUAAAAUUUACUACAAAAUUAAAGCUUUAUGACAUUAAAAAUAAUAUAUUAUAUCAAAUGAUUUUCAAUAAUUUUGUUUAUGAUUCAUAAAAUUAAAACAAAAAAAUAAUUAAUUUAUUCUCUUAUGUCUGCAAAGAAAUACCAAGUAUUAAAACAAUAUUAAAGAGAAUUUAAAUAAUGAACGAAAUUAUUAUAUCUAAGAAAAUUUAUGUCUCCAAAAACAAGUGGAAGCUUUUUGUGGUGAUAAAAACUUCAAGGAGGGGACCUACGAAAUUAUUAUAACCCUUGAUUUUCAAAAUUGAUUUUCAUUAGAGAUUUCCUUAAAAGUUGUGCACAGCUAUAUACAUUUAAACCACCAUUCGAGUAGCUCCCCCCCCUCCCCACAACAACAACCAAAAAAAAAAAAAAAAGCUUAAGCAGAAAAACCUCACUUAGUCCGCCAAAAAAAAUGAAGAAAGCCGAGUUAGUUUUCAUAGCUUACCCUGGUAGUGGUUGCAUUGUCUCCACCGUGGGAAUUGCAAAAUACCUCCUUACCCAACAUGAACAUCUUUUCGCUACGGUGCUCGUCAUGAAACUACCUUUUCACUCCACUUACGACGUCGUAACCUACACUCAGUCCCUUUCUUCUUCUUCUUCUUCGAUCUCAAAGCGUAUCAACUUCAUCGAUCUCCCACAAGAAAAUACAUAUGCAGAUUCAAUUGCUGCAGACUUCCUCAGACAAUUCUUGGAGGACCAAAAACUCCAUGUCAAAAAUGCUGUUGCCAAACUUAUGGAUUCCAGAAGAAGUACCUGUUCUGAUGAUUCGCCUCGGCUCACCGGAUUCGUCGUCGACGUGCUAUGCACCACUAUGAUUGACGUCGCGGAUGAGUUUGGGAUUCCUUCCUACGUGUUCUUGACGUCCGGUGCAGGUUUUCUUAGCCUUUUAUUCCAUCUCCUACAGCUUCAUGACGAGGAAAACGUGGACCCCACCCAAUUCAAGAAUGACCCGACCGCUGAGCUGGUUGUCCCGGGUUUUCUUAACCGGGUUCCCGCGCGUGUCUUGCCGGGUGUCAUGCUCGACAAAGAUCUAGCACCGACCAUGAUGGGUUACGCUAGGAAGAUUAGAGGAUCUAAGGGUAUAAUGGUAAAUACGUUCAUGGAGUUGGAAUCUUGUGCCAUCCGUUCUCUGUCUGAUGAUGAUGCCAAAUUCCCUCCUGUGUAUCCUGUGGGACCCAUAUUGAAUCUGAACGCUCAUCCCAACAUCAUAGGGUCUGAUAUCACCAAAUGGCUUGAUGAUCAGCCUCCUUCAUCUGUUGUGUUCUUGUGCUUCGGGACCAUAGGAAGCUUCAGUAGGGAUCAGGUUAAAGAGAUCGCGAUUGCACUCGAAAAUAGUGGGGUCAGAUUCGUAUGGUCCUUGAGAAAGCCCCCAUCGAAGAUGGCUUUUGCAAUGCCAGGCAAUUAUGCAGAUCUAGAGGAAAUCCUACCAAAAGAGUUUCUCGAUCGAACGGCAGAAAUAGGGAGGAUCAUCGGCUGGGCCCCACAGGUAGAUAUUCUUUCUCAUCAAGCGGUGGGAGGUUUUGUAUCACAUUGUGGAUGGAAUUCAACGUUGAAGAGUUUAUGGUUUGGUGUGCCUAUUGCCACGUUGCCGCUCAAAUCUGAGCAACAGUUAAAUGCGUUUGAGUUAGUGAAAGAGUUGGGAUUGGGUGUGGAGAUUAAGAUUGAUCAUAGGGGUUGCUUUUAUGGUGGGAACGAGCAUUCAAUUGUGAGUGCCAAAGAGAUUGAGUUGGGUAUAAAGAGAGUUAUGGAGGUUGAUAGUGAUACGAGGAAACGGGUUAAGGAAAUGAGCGAGAAAAGUAGAAGAGCUCUGAUGGAUGGUGGGUCCUCUUAUUCUUCGUUGAACGAUUUCAUCAAAACCUUGAUGGACGGUUUGCCUUGAACCGCUUAGAGCUAGUAGGUGGGCCACUAGUUAUAUUGCUUUUAUGAUUGGAGAAGAAAGAGUUUGACCAAGUCAAAUAUGUUAUUUUACACUUCGAGUGGGACGUCAUGAGCCAUGUUUUUUGUAUGAGAUGAGCCAUCAACUUCUAAUUGAGUCAAAUCUUGCAAGUCAUGUGUAUUUUUAAUUUGUUUCCGAAGGAUUCCUACUACUUCUAAUUGUAAUAGGAAUCGCAAUUUACCAAAAAAAUGUGGGUAAUUUUUUUUUUUUUUUUCUUUUUCCUUAGAUCAGGGUUAAGGUGGGAUGGGGGAAUAUAGUGCCCGUUCCAUGUGCCGUGCCCCACUCCAAUUAUAUAUAUAUAUAUAUAUAUAUAUAAUAAAAAAUAUUAUUAUUAUUAUUUA